AUGGAGCUGAGCAUGAAGAAGUUCACGGUGCGCAGGUUCUUCUCCGUGUACCUGCGCAAGAAGUCGCGCUCCAAGAGCUCCAGUCUUAGCCGACUCGAGGAAGAAGGCAUUGUGAAGGAGAUUGAUAUCAGUCACCAUGUGAAAGCAGGCUUUGAAAAGGCCGACCCUUCCCAGUUUGAACUCUUGAAAGUGUUGGGACAAGGCUCCUAUGGAAAGGUGUUCUUGGUGAGGAAAGUCAAGGGAUCAGAUGCUGGACAGCUCUAUGCAAUGAAGGUUCUUAAGAAGGCCACCUUGAAAGUUCGGGACCGAGUCAGGUCAAAGAUGGAGAGAGACAUCCUGGCAGAAGUGAAUCACCCUUUCAUCGUAAAGCUUCAUUAUGCCUUCCAGACGGAGGGGAAACUCUACCUGAUUCUGGACUUCUUGCGCGGAGGGGACCUCUUCACCCGGCUCUCCAAAGAGGUGAUGUUCACGGAGGAGGACGUCAAGUUCUACCUGGCGGAGCUGGCCUUGGCCUUGGACCACCUGCAUGGCCUGGGCAUCAUCUACAGAGACCUGAAGCCAGAGAACAUCCUCCUGGACGAAGAGGGGCAUAUUAAGAUCACAGAUUUCGGGCUGAGUAAAGAGGCCAUUGACCAUGACAAGAGAGCCUACUCCUUCUGCGGGACGAUCGAGUACAUGGCGCCCGAGGUGGUGAACCGGCGGGGCCACACGCAGAGCGCAGACUGGUGGUCCUUCGGCGUGCUCAUGUUUGAGAUGCUCACGGGGUCGCUGCCAUUCCAGGGGAAGGACAGGAAGGAGACCAUGGCCCUCAUCCUCAAAGCCAAGCUAGGCAUGCCGCAGUUCCUCAGCGUGGAGGCCCAGAGUCUGCUGAGAGCGCUCUUCAAACGGAACCCCUGCAACCGGCUGGGUGCUGGCCUGGACGGUGUGGAGGAGAUCAAGCGCCACCCUUUCUUCGUCACCAUCGACUGGAAUAAGCUGUACAGAAAGGAGAUCAAGCCGCCCUUCAAGCCAGCGGUGGGCCGGCCGGAGGACACCUUCCACUUCGACCCCGAGUUCACGGCGAGGACGCCCACAGACUCACCCGGCGUCCCCCCCAGCGCCAACGCCCAUCAUCUGUUUAGAGGAUUCAGUUUCGUGGCCUCCACCCUGGUCCAGGAGCCCUCCCAGCAAGAUCUGCACAAAGCCACAGUUCACCCCAUCGUGCAGCAGCUACACGGGAACAACGUCCACUUCACUGACGGCUACGACAUCAAGGAGGACAUCGGGGUGGGUUCCUACUCUGUGUGCAAGCGCUGCGUGCACAAAGCCACGGACGCCGAGUACGCCGUGAAGAUCAUCGACAAGAGUAAGAGGGACCCCUCGGAGGAGAUCGAGAUUCUCCUGCGGUACGGCCAGCACCCCAACAUCAUCACCCUCAAAGACGUCUACGACGACGGGAAGCUCGUGUACCUGGUGAUGGAGCUGAUGCGGGGCGGCGAGCUGCUGGACCGUAUCCUGCGGCAGAGGCACUUCUCGGAGCGCGAGGCCAGCGCCGUGCUGUGCACCGUCGCCAAGACCAUGGACUACCUCCACUCGCAGGGGGUUGUUCACCGGGACUUGAAGCCAAGCAAUAUUCUGUACAUGGACGAGUCUGGAAACCCCGAAUCCAUCCGCAUCUGUGACUUCGGGUUUGCCAAGCAGCUGCGGGCCGAGAACGGGUUGCUUAUGACCCCCUGCUACACAGCCAACUUUGUGGCCCCGGAGGUCCUGAAGCGGCAGGGCUAUGAUGCGGCGUGUGACAUCUGGAGCCUGGGGAUCCUGCUCUACACCAUGCUGGCGGGAUUCACCCCUUUUGCAAACGGGCCGGAUGAUACCCCCGAUGACAUCUUGGCAAGGAUCGGCAGCGGAAAGUAUGCCCUUUCCGGGGGAAACUGGGACUCCAUCUCUGACGCCGCCAAGGACGUCGUGUCCAAGAUGCUCCACGUGGACCCUCAGCAGCGCCUGACGGCAGUUCAGGUCCUCAAACACCCCUGGAUCGUCAACAGGGAGCACCUGUCCCCAAACCAGCUCAGCAGACAGGACGUCCACCUGGUGAAGGGAGCCAUGGCCGCCACCUACUUCGCUCUCAACAGAGCCCCUCAGGCCCCGCGGCUGGAGCCCGUGCUGUCGUCCAACCUGGCCCAGCGCCGGGGCAUGAAGAGACUCACGUCUACGCGGCUGUAG